AUGGAAGAUGAAGAUUACAGUGGAGAGAGUGAGUUUUAUGAUUGGGUUAAUGAUAUAUCGCAACCGCGGAGUUAUUGGGAUGAGCUCAGGAAGCAACGGGAGGAUGAGGUUAAGAUGAACAAGGAUCCAAAGAAAAAUGAUAUGCGGAAUAUGAUAAAGAAGUAUGAUAUCAUAUUUUCUUAA